UCCUGAUUGGUUAAAAAAUUUAGGUGAAGAAUCUCGGGACAGCAAGAUGUCCGCGCACAUUUGAAAAACUGAUGUAUAUUCUUAUAUUAGGGGUUGCUUUAAAUAGUUUUUAUGUUGACAAUACUGAUUACGUGGUACUCAAGAAAGAGUCAUAUAAAGAAAAGACAAGGACUCCGAGACAAGAGCCAGAAUAUUCGUUACUAACAGAAAUAAUGCUGAUAUCUGGAACUCAUGUCGAACGUCUAUGAAGAGAGAGCCACAAUGAUAGCCGCAGUGGAAUUGCAGUCGUUUGUCCCAUUUGGCCGUGAGCACUGCAAGAACCACCCGAAUGCUGUGAAUCUGCAGCUCCGGCAGCUGCAGCCAGCCUCUGAUCUCUGGUCCUCAGAUGGAGCGGCAGGUUUGGUGGGGUCACUCCAGGAGGUCACUCUACAGGAGAGGGAGAGGGAAUGCUGGUUGCUGAGUAAGGGUUCCAGUGCGGACAGUGAUGAGGUUGAGUAUGAGGAAGAGCUCUAUGCAGCCGGAAACAUGGUCAUAUGGAGCAGGGGGAGCACGAGUCAAGCCUCCCAUGUGUACAAGGCUUUCACUGUGGACAGUCCAGUCCAACAGGCAUUGUGGUGUAACUUUGGUAUUCCACAAAAGAAUAAAGAUGAGAAGGAGAUUAUGGAGCAGACAGUGUGUAUUGUCCAAAGUAGCUGUGUCAAUGUGCACAGUUCAACAGGGAAGGAUUUUAUCUCCCCUUUACCCUUUCAGGUCUCUAAGCUGUGGCCCACUAAGUUUGGUCUGCUGUUAGAGCGCAGAAAUCCUGCCUCAGAUGCUCCCCUGAGUCCGCCCAGGGAACCUCUUCCCACAGUUUUCAGCAUGCUGCAUCCCCUGGAUGAGAUUGCCCCUCUGGUGUGCAGACCUACAGGUCUGUUCGAAGCUGCUCGUGUGCAGUACGUCUCUGACAGCACCAUGAAAAUCAUCUUCUCCAGCUGCGAGCCCUCCAUAGUCAUGACGUAUGACACGGUGCAGGGUGUACACUCUGUGUGGGCGCUGCGCAAAGUCACUCCGGAAGAACAGUCCACAGUGCUGAAGUGUACGGAGCAGGUAGCCACACCCCAGGGCCUGUUGCCGCCAAGCUUUCUGACAACACACCUGAGGAAUGUCUCCAGGAUGGACUCCCCUGGAUCCCCCUUCCAUUGCCAUGCCAUGCAAAACCAAAACAGGAUGACUUCGUCCCCAGGACUGCACUCGCGGACGCACUCUCCCAGCAUCUCCAGCAUGGCUGCAUUAAGCCGCUCCCACUCCCCUGGAAUGGCAGCGCCCUCUUUCCAGGUUGCGGCCCGGUUCAACAUGUCGUACCACUCGUCGUCCCCUAGAGGCCACAGCUUCCUGCACUCGCCCAACAGCACUGCCAGCGAGUCCGUGCUGGUCCCAGAGAUGGAGCCCAUAGGGCCUGACCUAUGCAUCGAGCAGCUGUGGAGUGAAACGGCUUCCUCCCACAAGGAGAUGAGUUGUCAGGCCUCCAAGGUCUUCAUCACCUCUGACCUCUGUGAGAACAAGUACCUGUGCUUUCUUGUGGAGUCUCACCAACAUCUCCGAUGUUUGAAAUUCAUUGAAAGCAACGAUUCCUCACAACUCAUCUUUGCAUCUGUUGCCACUUUCCCUGCAAAAGAUGCAGCCCCAUUGCAGGAUAUAGAUGCAAUGCUUGUUCUGGAAGCCAAUGGAAGCCUGGUUCUGUACACCGGAGUGACAAGGGUGAGCAAGGUGUUUGUUCCUGGCCUCCUGUCUCCCCCCUUCAGCCUGUCCAACAACAUAGCCCAACUGAGCACCCCCAUGGAGAGUGUUAGUACCCCUGCCAAGGCCUCUGGGAGACACAUAAGAAGACUAGAGGAGGCGUCCAUGCCUUCCCCGCUAUCGGAGCCGAGGGGCUCCACGAAGCACCACGAGACUUCGUGGCUGGAUGACUACACCUUCCAACAGUCUGUACCCUACAUCCAGGCCCUCCGAGACCCCGUCAGCCGCAGAGUCACCCUGGAGCUGAGCAAUGGCACAAUGCUGAGGAUAACCAUCCCUGAAAUUGCUACCUCGGAGCUGGUGAGGAAGUGUCUCCAGGCGGUACGCUUCAUCCUGCCCAAGGAGACGGCCAUGAAGGUGCUGGUGAAGUGGUAUAACAUCUACAACGCCCCCGGGGGGCCCAGCGCACACCUGGAGUGGAACCUGUUCGUCACCUGCUUCAUGACUCUCAUGGGCUACAACACAGAGCGGCUGGGAUGGACGCGAAACCUCCAUUUUGAAGUGCCCCUUUCUCCUGUGAUCGCACCAAAGAAGGCCCGGCAGUCAGACACAGGGUCUGAUGAGGACUGGGACUACAUGAGGUGCUCAGACUACCACAGACAGGUGGUUUUCAGGCAUGUGUGUGGUGCUGUGAGUCUGGAUUCUGCGGACAGCUCGGGUUGUGGGGAGCCCCUGGCUUCCACUCCGGCCCUACGCCUGGACCCAUCAGCCCCGCUCUUCCCCCACCUCCCGGCCCUGUUCUAUGUGCUCCACCUGCUGUACGAGGAGCUGAAGCUGGAUGAGCUGCAGAGGAGCGGCGGGCGGUUGCUGGUUGGCCUCCUACAACAGCUGGCCAGGGACCUGCAGCUGGAGGAGUAUAUCGACCUGUACUGGCGAGAUUACCCCUCAUUCAUCACUACGUUUAAAGAGUCCUGCAUUAUCGAUCAUGCCCAGAUGGAGCAGAUGCUGCGUCCGUCUUUUCUGAGGGCGGAGCCUACAUGUGUGUUCAGCUGGUUCAGCGGGUGUCUGAGGGGAGACGUGGUAGCGCCGUUCCCCUACCUGCCCGGCAUCUGUGAGAGGACCAAACUUCUGGUGCUGAGUUACGCCCUGUACAUCGUUGGAGAUGACAAUGCAACUUCCGUAGAUGUUUCAAAGUAUCUAGCCAAGCUCUCCGCAGUUUCUGUGCUGGGACAGCUCACCCACAGUCCUCACAUGGAGACUCUCCUCUUUCUCACAGGUCAGAAGAAGACUGGCACUGAAUCGUCUUUGAGGAGACAGGGCAGUAUGAAGUCUGAUGCGCCAAAUGAAAGUUUGGCUGAAAAGCUUGUGGUUUGGCUAACAUCAGCUGGUUUCACAUUGAAAGACCUUGAGUCUGUGCCCUUUGGUGUGGCUCUGCCUAUCAGAGAUGCUAUCUACCAGUGCCGAGAGCAUCCCUGCUCCGACUGGUCAGAGGAAGUUUGCCUGCUGAUUGGGCGACAGGACCUCACCAAGCAAGCACACAAAGUUACACUCGCAAAAGGCAAACCUGUAAGUACGGUGGGUCCAGGGUUGACGCGGGAGGCUCCAGCCACCACAGAGGCAGACGAAGAGGAGGACGGCAUGACUGAUCUGAACCAGGACUUGAUUGGUCUCAUCUGGAGCCAGGACCUGCGUGUCCAGGAGGCCCGGCGGCUCCUGCAGAGCUCCCGACCCGUCAGGGUCAGCGUGGUCCACCUGCCCGAGGUCAGCGACCAUGAGUACAUAGAGGAGAAGGAGAACAAACUGCUGCAGCUGUGCCAGCGUACCAUGGCUCUGCCAGUGGGCAGAGGCCUUUUCACCCUGUUCUCCUACCACCCUGUGCCAACAGAGCCCCUCCCAGUGCCCAAACUCAACCUUACUGGUCGUGCCCCCCCUCAGAACACGAUGGUGGAUCUGAACAGUGGGAACAUUGAUGUCCCCCCGAACAUGACCAGUUGGUCAAGCUUUCACAAUGGAGUCGCGGCGGGCCUGAAGAUUGCCCCUGCCUCCCAGGUGGACUCUGCCUGGAUCGCUUACAACAAGCCCAAGAGUCCUGAGCUGGCCAAUGAGUAUGCAGGUUUCCUCAUGGCCUUGGGGCUCAAUGGACACCUCACCAAGCUGGCCACUCUCAACAUACAUGAUUACUUAACCAAGGGCCACGAGAUGACGAGCAUCGGGCUGCUCCUGGGUGUGUCUGCGGCCAAGCUGAGCACCAUGGACAUGUCAAUCACCCGCCUGCUGAGCAUUCACAUCCCCGCGCUUCUCCCUCCCACCUCCACUGAGUUGGACGUGCCUCACAACGUACAGGUGGCGGCCGUGGUGGGCAUCGGCCUGGUCUACCAGGGCACCGGGCACCGCCACAACGCCGAGGUGCUGCUCGCUGAGAUCGGCCGACCCCCCGGUCCGGAGAUGGAGUACUGCACUGACAGAGAGUCCUACUCCCUGGCCGCCGGCCUGGCCCUGGGCAUGGUGUGUCUGGGGCAUGGCAGUAACCUGAUCGGUAUGACUGACCUGAAUGUGCCGGAGCAGCUGUACCAGUACAUGGUGGGGGGGCAUCGCCGUACCCACGCUGGCAUCAACAGAGAGAAACACAAGUCCCCCAGCUACCAGAUCAAGGAGGGUGACACCAUCAAUGUGGAUGUGACCUGUCCUGGAGCGACCCUAGCCCUGGCCAUGAUCUACCUGAAAACCAACAACAGGUCUAUCGCUGAUUGGCUGAAGGCCCCAGACACAAUGUUCCUCCUGGACUUCAUUAAACCAGAGUUUCUGCUUUUGAGGACACUGGCCAGGUGUAUCAUCAUGUGGGAUGAGAUUCUCCCCAACUCUGAGUGGGUGAGCAGCAAUGUGCCUCAGAUAAUCCAAGAGAACAUUGGGAACCCGGUGGUUUCGGAGGACUUAAACAUGGAGACCCUGGCCCAGGCCCAUGACUACAUCACCGCCGGAGCCUGCAUGGCUGUGGGAUUCCGAUUCGCCGGCUCGGCCAACUCUGACGCAUUUGACUGCUUGUACAAGUUUGCGCGGGGUUUCAUGCAGAGCUUGACGUCGGCGAACGCGACGGUCACGGGCCACUAUAACCUCCAGACCUGUCUCAGCAUGGUGCUGCUGGCCGUCUCCAUGGUGAUGGCCGGCUCCGGAAACCUCAAGGUCCUGCAGCUCUGCCGCUUCCUCCACAAGAGGACCAGCGGGGAGAUGAACUAUGGCUUCCACAUGGCCCACCACAUGGCCCUGGGCCUGCUCUUCUUGGGAGGAGGGAGGUACACGCUCAGCACCACCAACUCUGCCAUCGCUGCCUUGCUCUGUGCUCUCUACCCCCAUUUCCCAGCCCACAGCACAGACAACCGCUACCACCUACAGGCCCUGCGUCACCUGGGGGUCCUUGCUGCAGAGCCACGUCUGCUGGUUCCAGUCGAUGUGGACACACUGAAACCCUGCUAUGCCCUCCUGGACAUCACAUACAAGGAGACUCAGUGGUAUGAGGAGACUACGGUGGAACUGAUGGCCCCCACCAUGUUACCAGAGUUGCAGCUCCUCAAAAAGAUUAAAGUAAAAGGGCCGAGAUACUGGGAGCUAUCCAUUGACCUGAGUAAAGGAACUCAACAUCUACAGUCCAUUCUGUCCAAAGACGGGGUUUUGUAUGUGAAGCUGCGUGCAGGACAGCUGCCUUACAAGGAUGACCCUCGGGGCUGGAAGAGUCUGUUAGCUCCCAACGUCAACAACAGGAACUCGGAAGUCCGCACAUUCAAGCCUGAAGCCAUCUCUACCUUCACCUCUGAUGCUGCCUUGGUCUCCUUUGCUGAAUACUUCUGUAAAGCCUCGGAGAGCAUGAAGCAUAAACAGGACACGUUGGCCGUGUUUUCUACCAUUCUAUAUGAAUGUGUCACUCAGGAGAACCCUGAAAUGUUGCCCACCUACAUCGCUGUUGAUCAGGCGGUGCAGGCCCUGGAGGAGACAGAGAUGUGUGAGACGUUUGCUCUGUGGCAGAUGAGACUGGUGUUGGAGCUGUGUGAGAGCAGGGCCCUGCAACAGCGCCUGAGGGAUGGGCCGCUGGGCCGGGGGCUUCUGCUCAGCUCCGAGUUCCUGCCCGUCAUGAAGAACUCUGCCGAUGGCACGCUGGACGGCUGGCUCUCUGAUAACAGCCACGUGUUGACGGCGUACAUGAGUGGCCAGCCCCUUACUGAGGAUAUGCUGUCUAAUAUGCUGGCGUGCUUCCUGGUCUACCAUUCCAUCCCCUGCCACAAGAAAAUGUUUUCCACUCACCUGGAAGGAAGUACAUCGUUCCCUGAGCUCCUGUUGAAGUUCAGCCAGCUAGGGAUACCUGUCCGUGCCCUUCUGCGUCUGGGCCCUUUGAUCCUGGGCACUGCCCUCUUCCGGACGGGGCAGCAGGCCUGUUGAUAUUACCCUUACAUUUGACCUCUCGUCUUGGUCUUUACCCAUGCCUCAACCCACAAGGAUAAUUUUUUGUUGAAGCUUGCAAGAAAUGGACUUGAUAGGAUAUUAAAUAUCUUGUUAAAGGCUUGAUUAAUACAUAUUGUAUGUAACAUGUUUGUAAUGUGUUUUAAGUAUUGAAUAAAACAUUACAUAAAUGGUGAUUUCAGACUGAUGAAGAGUUUGCACUAAAUGUAAAGUGCUUUGUUUACAUGGUGAAUGAAUAACUUUUGGGGAGCUGGGCACCUCCAUAUACUUUGAAUGUUCCUUAAUCAAACAUGUCUAGAACAAUCAUUCACUGAGAACAUGGCAAC